CAUUACUGCAGAGAGGCAGGCAAGCAGCGGCUAUCCGCUGUUACCCAGUAACACUAUCAGCACCGCCACCACCACCACCACCGUCACUACCACCAUCAUCAUAUGAAUCACUGACCUCAUUAUACAAAUGUUUAUUACAACUCUAAAAUUCCCCCUUAUGAAACUAUCGAGGUGAGCUCACUUCUGGCACUGCCAGCUCCACUCCCAGCGAUGGUUCAUCUCCCAUCAACUUUCAGCUAUUGUUUACUACCAAAAUCCGGAAUCGAUACUCAUUCACAACUGGAAGUUUUCAACGAAGGAAAGUCGACAAGUUUGACAAUCUCCGCCAAAACCAUGCCGUAACAAACCUCUGCUUUAUCUAUCCACAAUUAUAUACGCACAAUUAUAUACUCGUAUAUAUAUAUAUAUAUAUAUACAUAUAUGAAUGUAUACGCAUUGCCGGACUGAUUCGAAAGAUGAAGAAAUCGAAUAACUUAUCUGCAAAAUACCAAAAAAUUUCUUCUCCAACCAAUGUACAGAAGGUAAAAGUGGUCACGGUUGGAGAUAUAUCGGUUGGAAAAUCUUCUUUGGCAUUAAGGUUUACCAAAGGAUACUUCGAAGAACUAUACAAACCGACAGUUGGCGCUGUGUUUGUCUUCAAAACCAUCACAGAGGGCAACCGGAAAAUCUUAUUUCAGAUCUGGGACACGGCUGGACAGGAACGUUUCAAAAGUUUGGUGCCGAUGUAUUUACGCGACGCAAAAUUUGCACUUUUAAUCUAUGACAUUACAGACAGGAAAUCUUUUGAAGCCAUACCCGCCUGGUUAAACUAUGUCACUCGAUACGCUCCUCCUGACAUACAAGUCACCCUUGUUGCUAACAAAAUUGACUUACAAGAAUACCAGACAGUCGACACACAGUUUGCCAAAACGUUUGCAGAAGAACAAAACAUUUCAUUUGAAGCUGUUUCUGCUAAAACUGGAGAAAAUGUAGAGAAACUCUUCAAUAACCUUGCCAAGAAACUUCCGCCAGAAGUAAUCGUCAAUAAGCAUUCUGCGAACCAUUCCAUAAAGCUGACCGAUGAAAAAAAGUCCUUGACCAAAUGCUGUCAUAUCAGAUGACCGUUGCCUCCGUCUCUUCCAAUCAUUCAAAACAUGCUGCUGAUAUUUAAGAUUUAUUUAAACUCUUCUCAUCCGUUUAAAAAAAAAAAUUCAUUCAUAUCUUCGAUAAACAUUUCUGUUAUUUAUGCACUUUAAACGUUUAUACCAUUUAAGAAUCGUAUUUGCUUUUUCUCAUAUUAUGUCAUGGCGUCUUGAACUGUCAUGGCUUCUUGCUUCAACGACAUGACACACAAGGGAGAUAACUCUGGAAAAAUUCCUGUUGUAAGCUAUUUAAACCUAAGUGAGUAAAUUUAUUAUAAAUGCAUUCCAAUAAUGACCAUCAGGACUUUUUAGAAGUUUAUAAGACUAUAUAAUGGGUUCUUUCCCUUCUGAAGAUGGUAGGGUGUGAUUUAAGGGACGUUUGGUUGCUGUUUCUUGCAGGUUGGGAGAAACAGCAGGUAGACACUUCGUCAAGUUAGGGACCACGAUACGGGAACAUCAGAACUAGGUCAACCAGUUCACAUAUUUUAACGUCUCGUCAUUCAUUCUGAACUGUCUUUCAUCUGCCAGGAGUGGUAUUUAAUGAACCAGCUGAUGUUGCUGUUGAUGUUGUUGUUGUUGGUUAGCCCUUGGUCAGUCUUCAUUAAAACAGCUAUGAUAAAAAAAGCAUUCCAAUCUCGACAGUCUGGUCAUUAAUGUAGCUCUGUCUAGACCAGCAUUUUUCAAACUGCGGGUCACGACCCUUCAGUGGCUUGUGACAAAACAGUCUGAAAAACGUUGCUUCAGACAGAGCUGCAUUAAUUAAAUAUGUCCUAUCCUUUUUAGGAUAGAAAAAUGUGGUUCAGAGGAGACUUGGCUGCUGUUUCAUGCACAGUUGAUGAGUUUAUUGGGCUUCCUCAUUCACCGCCUUUGCUCGCUCUCUCGAUUCUAGGCUAUGCUUCAACGUUUGAAAUAUUUUCUCAUUAUUCAAAAGAUGCAGGUAUAUGAACUUAGUCAUUGACCAAUAGAAGUUUCCAUGGGUUUCCAGUUUUAUAAACAUCUCUGGUAUGGACUGGUCAACUAUAAUAAAAAGGAGAGGACUGAAAAUCGAGUCUUGAUGGACUCCUACCUACAAUCUUGCUAAAUUCCUUGCUGAACUCAUUACUAAAUCUCACCAUGCCCACAAGAUCUUGGUACAUUGUUUGCAUGGUGCUCACAAUUCAUUCUUUCACAAUUAAUUUCCUUAGCAGCCAUCAGACUACAGAGCAUGGUAUCUUGAGAGACUGGCGGCUUACCGUUGCCCCAAAACAACUUCUCUCGUAGUUGUUUCACUAUGAACAGGGCAGAGGCAAUAUCCGGUUCUGAUUUAAACCAAGAAUGCAUCUCAUCCAUGCCAAUACCUUUCCUAAUCAGUUGUGUUAUAACAAUUCUUUCGGUUACUAUCAUAACUUUGAUGCCUCUGUAGACAUUUCUUCCCAGAGUAUCUUACUCGCCCUUGUAGCAACUGAUGUUAAUAUUAAUAGGCCAGUCAUUAGCUAUUAAACCUCAUUGAAAGAUAUAUUUAACCAUGCGAGUAACAUUUCGUCCUUCGCCAAAUAUUUUCGGCAUCUCACUGACUAUUCCUGACGGUCCAGCAGCUAUCUCACCGUCUUCAUAUCAUUAAUUGCACACUCUCUAAUGGCUGUCAAUUUUAAUAGCUAACCCUUCUGUUGGGUCUACCUGGGGUAACCCAUCUGUCGGCCCCGUACAUCCUUCUAAUCUAGCCUAUCGUGAAAAUAUUUCUAUGCCCUCUUCCUCUUGUUGCCAGUGAUGCCAAAUGCACCGUAUUCAAACCGUAUAACGUCUCGAUUCUUUGUGUUCCAUUGUUUUGCAAUCAAAAACACCUCACGACUUUGACGUAUAUCUUUCUGCGUGCUAAAUACGAUACAUACAUACAUACAUACAUACAUAUAUA